CCCACCCUAUUGCUUCAACCGAAACGAAACAUGAUGUAGGUUUCCUACAUUUUCAGAGUGGUAAGGCUGUGUCACUUUCAGGAAAUACUUUUAUUUUAUUUUUACACGUUGCAGUUACAUCUUGUAACAACGUGAGGUCGUUUAUGUUACGUCGACCGCCUCUGAAUAGUCGUGUGAAUUUCAGCAAAUGAUAAUGGGCAUGACACCCACUAUGGCUGCUGGCAUGCUGUAACUUGUCUGCCUCGACGAGUCAAAGCUGAACAAGUUGUUCCAUCAAGAUUAGUUUCUUGCCAAUUACAUGGCACCAUUUGGGGAUCCAUCUACCAUUUGGUGACAAUUAGCCAAACGAGUUGAGAGUUUUUUUGUUUUCUUUGAUUUUACUUUCUCGCAAGUAUCACCGGAUUUGAUAUUCGAUGGUCGCCGACUUAACAAUUUCUUGAACUUGGAUUGAUAUCAGGAAGCAGGAAACACCAAGAAAGGCUAUAGACAGUAAGCGCCUGUAAACUGGACCAUUAUUUUGCCCUCACGAGUUACUUUUGUUUACCGGAUCGAAAUUAGAGUAAAACGGGCAUGGUACAAGCAAGCUUAGUUAGGUAGAGCUAGACACGAAUGUCGUGAGCCGUAGGCUAGAUUUGGUUAAUUAGUUGUCUGCCCAAUUUAGUGAGUUGGAUUGCUUGCUAGCUAAAUAUGACUGGGGAUUCAAACGUGAACUUCACUGUUCUUCACAGAACGUGUAAGUUAGUAGUCCUUCUAUGUCUCCUUCAUAUUUCUGUCACUUUAGUUUUUUAUUUGAGGUCGUUUGACAUUCGUCUAGCGUUUGUGCAAAAUCAGCAAUCGCACAAGCCCAAAGACCUGACGACAAGCAAAAUACUGAAAGAUGUCGAGCUCACAGAACAAGACUCAGUUCAACCUCGAAAGGUGUCUGGUGUGGUUGACGUUGCUAAUGUUUCAGAAGAGAUCAAAAUACUUGGAAACUGCCCUGAAACAUCUCCUCUUCUAGUGGGGCCUUUGAGGAUUGAGUUUUCAACCCCGGUCAACCUGGACAUGGUGCGGAAUGAGAACCCUAACGUGAAGACGGGCGGUCGCUUCAAGCCCAGCAACUGCAUCGCACUGCAGAAGGUGGCCAUCAUCAUCCCCUUCCGCAACCGAGAGGAACACCUGAAAUUCUGGCUUUACUACCUGCACCCUAUCCUCCAACGCCAACAGCUCGACUACGGUGUCUACGUUAUCAAUCAGGAUGAUAACGAAGUCUUCAACCGAGCCAAGCUCCUCAACGUAGGCUACGCGGAGGCCCUGAAGGAGUAUGACUACGGCUGUUUCAUCUUCAGUGACGUGGACCUUAUCCCCAUGGACGAUCGUAACACCUACAAGUGCUUCAGCCAGCCCAGGCACCUGUCAGUAUCCAUGGACAAGUUUGGCUUCAGGCUUCCAUACAACCAAUACUUUGGGGGGGUGUCGUCCAUGAGUAAGGAGCAGUACCUUAAGAUCAAUGGCUUCCCCAACAACUAUUGGGGUUGGGGAGGAGAGGACGACGACAUCUACAACAGGCUCAACAUCAAGGGCAUGUCCAUAUCCAGGCCCAGCGGCCCCAUUGGGAAGUGCAGGAUGAUUCGACACGAGCGUGACGCAAAGAACGACCCCAACCCCCAGAGGUUUGACCGCAUCGCCCACACAAGGGACACCAUGCAGGUGGAUGGGAUCAACUCUCUGUCCUACAAAGUGGUCAGAGUGGAGAAGGAGCAACUGUAUACCAAAAUCUCAGUGGACUUGGGGAAACCAAGCCAGUGACCAGCGGACCAAUGAAAGCAAUAACCAAAACUGCCUUGGAGAACUGGCUGGGGAUUUCUGUGAUUUAGAAAGCAACCAAAUGUGCCUGGACAGUCUUUUAUAUAAAAUGUUAAAAAGUCUGAAUUUUCCGGGAUCUUCGUCAUGGCGACGACAAACACUUGACUGAUCAGUUCAGCAAAAGACGUGGCCGGCAUCCCUCUUGUUUUCUGCCUUUGCACGACUGACGGUGAAUCAAACUGGGAUGUGCAGUUCUUUUUUCUUUUUUUCAAAGUGUAUUUCCUGGAACACGGCUGUUGACAAAAAGAGUCAUAGUAGAUGUGCCUGUGCUGUGCCUUUGAACCCCUCUCUUUCUAAAGAUAGCUGCUGAUUAUGAAUCCUGUGUAAGCCAUUUUGUUCUGAGUGGAAGUUUAGUGAGGUGACAGAUGCAUCAGGACAGUCAUGCAGUCAACUUCUUUUUUGGUGUCGGUAAAUUUUGCACAAUUGUAGUUCUCAUAUCUUCAAGGGAUAUUUGGGGAAUUGUGCCAUUGAUAUUUAAUAGUGGGGGAAAGGGCGUCACUUAGCUCCUCUGGCACGUCUGCCUCUUCCUAACAGGUCCACGGUCCUGACAACCCAAAGGAUCCCAAACCCACGCACACACGAGUCUCAACAACCACCUCAAUGCAAAUCAUUAUUUUCACAUCCUCACAACUAAGUGUCCUUAUAUGUGGUAUUUUCAGACUAAUGAAUUUUUUUUUUUUGGAACGUUUCGUCUCGGGAGCCUCCCUUUGAUGUGAAGAGCGCCCCCCUCAGGCAGCUGCUGGAACGCCAGUCUUCUUGAAUGUAUUUGCCUGACGGAGUGGAACUCUAGCGUGUAUGGGCAAGCUUCUGGCCAGUCUGGGGCCCUAGGCAACAUCUCAAAAUUAAUCAAUUUUUAAAAUAUUUUGGGUUAAGGGUGGGGACGUGGGGUGCGCCCAAUCAGUGCCUGCCUGCCUGCCUGCCUCCCACCCCACGGCAACUGGUGUCCUAGGCGACUGUGCCUAGAAACGCAACUGAGUGUGUUGUAUGGUCAAACGCAGUUGUCUGUCAGUGACACUUUUGCAGAGGUUCAUCUCCACUUUUGCGUUAGUGGGCUGCACUCAACUGGAUGUACAGUAGGAAAUCAUCACUCAGCAUCACUGAGUCAUCUGUUUGCAGGACUAGAAAAGUUUGAGUAUUUUCCCAAUAUGGUGUGUGUGUGUAUAGUUGAAUACUAUUGAAUAAUAUUUUUGUAAUCAAAGCAUGUUGUAGCUUCAUCCAAGAUUAUUCCCCCUGCAUAUUUAAACCAUUUCCUUUGUGGCGUGGCAUUGCACAAAUGCAUAAUUAUAUAUUGUUUGGGGGGGAGCCGUUGAGAUUUCCAAUUGAAGGUCAAAUCAGUUCCGCCCUGUGGAAUGUGUGUGUACAGAUCAAGAAAAUCGGCCUCCGGUCCCUUAAAUCUUCUCCCUUUAAUUAUUUUCCUAAAUGCUGGACUAUGGUUGGCUUCUAAGGUACAUAAUGUACCAAAG